ACACAAAAUGUCAGACGGCCGUCUGAUAUUGCACGAGCGGGACAGUGUUACCAACGCUAGCGUCGCUUAGACGAUGCUAUUGUGAUGUGCGCACAUACGGAAAGAAACUUAAAUAGGAUGUCGGAAUAAGUGUGAUGUCAUUCAAAAUCUGGUAUUAGUCGCCCAUGAAUUGCUUCACACAGUAAAAUUGGAUUAGCUUGAGAAAUAAUCACAAAAUACCAAGUAGUAUUGGUCAAGAUAAGAAUUGAGUGAAUCGAAUCAUUGGCAUUGGCAAUAAAGUGAUCAGAGAUUUUUACGUAAAAAUCAUAGGACUUCCAAAAUUGGUAGAAUAUGUGUCUUCAGCGCAAAUUACACCACGAUUGAACACCCUCAUUCAUUUAGUACCAAGUUGUGUCGCCAUUUUAUUUCUACGGCAUCGGAUCGACAUUUUGUGACCAGCAUAUUCUAAACAGAUUUCAUUUGCGCUGCAUGAAUAUAAACCAUUUUGUGAACGCAUAUAAAAGAGGAACCAAAAUGAUGCGGAUUUCGAAUAAACAACGUGCUAUAAUUAAUACGGCUGUGAAACCAUUUAAAAUUACGUCCAACUACUUGGGACCCGGCUUUCAAAAUUUGAUAAAAUACUAUGCGAAAUAUUUUACGAAGCGCCGAUUUGCAAUCGUCCAUUUUUUGCCGACGUACAAAAAAUUGAACAGUCACAUUUUGACGGUGCUCUUCAAUAAAAUCCUCACAAAGGGUGGCUAUGCGAAAAAACGUCGACCAGUUACAUGGAGAUUCUACGGUAAUGUUUUAUUAACGAAAUAUGGCCGAAGAAAGCAACGCAGAGAGCAGAAAAAGAAACGGAAAAAGGCUCGUCGUCAAAAGUCUAGUACUCCAUCAAAAGAUACAAAGCCAAAAACAACUGGGCCGACUGCCGAUACUUCGACUGCACCUCACCUAGUCGUCACUGACAUCGAUACAGACUCGAACGAAAAUAGCAAUGAUGAUGUGAUCGAAAUUAUUUCGAAGCCGGCGGAGGCACGUAAAAAUGGCACGGAAGCACCGAACAAACCAAACGCCAACGAUGUUGAGGCGAACAAAGACAAAAUCAUUUCAAGCGAUGAAAUUGUCGAUAAUAUUUGGGAUUUGGAUAUUCAAGAAGUAGCCGCUUUAAUUACUGAAGGUGAAACCGAUGAAAAACAACCAACUGAAAGUACAAACCGAGAUGCUGAGGAGGAAGAUGACUCAAGUGAAAUAAGUGCAGCUUUAGAAAGUAGUCGUGAUAGUGAACGUGUUAAUUGUGUUGAUGAAGAAUCCCAAGAGCAAUCAUCAAAGUCUUCAGGUGAUACACAAUGUGGCGACAUCAAUGAGAAGAUUCGGCAGCAACUAAAACUAUUGAAAAUGGGCAAAGGUGACAAUCCUCUGUUUUCAAUGAAAGAGACUCGCCCUGCCACAUGCACACGUGGUACAAUCUCAUCGUUUCGACGCUCUAAUUCGAAUGUUUCUGAUGAGUCUGCCACAAAUAGUAUGAGUUUGAGACGAAGCACAAACAAUGUUAGCGCAAAAUCGUCGACUGAAUCCUUUGACAGCAGUCCAAAGGAGAGUGACGACGCAGAUGCCGCAAAGAAGAGCAAUGAAAAAGAAGAAUCGAAAAAAUCAAAGGCAAUCGGUGGCAUGAUAAAUUCAUUGUUCAAUAAGUUUCAAUCAAUAAAUAGCAAUAUGUCGACGCGUUCGAAAACUAGAGGGACAAAUUCACCAGCCGCAAAUACAUCAACACCAGCGAAACGAACAAAACGAGAUGAGACCAAUGACAGUUUGUUGUAUGCAUCGCUCGAUUCGAAUCAAGAUGAUUCAAACCAAUCGGCGACUUCCGUAUCAAUGGAAUUUCUUGGGUUUGAUAUUUUAAAUAAAAAUGUUGACGUUUCAGCACUUUUACCUACGCCAAAGGUGCCCGCUUCGAAUAAUCAGGCUGCGUUUGUUAGUGAAUUCUUGGAUUCGUUUAUGAAAGAGAAUUUACUCGAGAAAAGCAAUGAUCAAAUAACAUUCACACCCAAACGUUCCAUUCCCGACGAAGCGCUCAUGACAACCGAUGCUCAACCACCAAAUUUGUCGGUUCCGGCACGACCAAAUGAUAUGCAGCGUCCACGUACCUUGGCCGAAAAGCGAAUGAUUUUGCAACAACAAAACGAUAUUGGUAUUCUGAUAAUUGAAAAUGAAUCAACGGUGUAUCAUGAGUUAAAGAAACGCGUCCGACAGGGAUCUAGCUAUGAUAAUGCUCUGGUGCGAAGUAUCCAGGAUGCAGAAAUACCAUUCACACGUGACUGUUGGCGAGCGGCAUGUUGGAUAUCAACUCCUAACAAUCGAUUUUUCUACCGUACAAUAGUGUACGAAGGCGAAGAGAUCAAAUUAACCGGCAGUCGUGGUGACAAUCCAAAGAAAGUGGCGUUUGAAUUGAAAUUUGAUGAUAAAAAACUACUUGCCAAUCGUUCUUUGAAACACAUUUUAAGUGAAUGUCCACAGAAAUGUCCGCCGAUUGGCGGCAUUAAAAUCAAUAAUAUCGAAGCCGUUAUCGGUGAUACCAACAUACGAAAUGACGAUCCAUCACAAACAAAAGAGAAAUUUGGCCUACUGAAAAAAUCAAGACUGUGUAUGUUUUCGCGAGAAUAUUUGACACCGGGUCCAAAAUCUAAAAAAUUGAAAUGCAAAUCAAAUCGAAAAUCGUCAUUCGAUUUGGAAUAUGGACCAUUGGAGCUAGUACCGUUACCGACUGUUCAAUUAGAGGUUUGGCCACAAGUUGGCUUACCACUGUCUGAUCAUAUCAAACCCCUUCUCAAAACCAUUCCAACUAAUUCGAAUGUGAUCACGCCGGAAUGGGCUAAAUUCGCUGUGUCUGUGGUACGAGAAGCGCCCAAGCAAACGAAACACCGACGAAAAUACAAAAAACCAGAAAUUGAACGACCAGAACCGAUCAUUUUCACAAUUCCAUAUGAAAAUAACGAAAAGAAAAUAUUAAUCAGAAAACGGCGUCGAUCUUCAAUAGUUUUCAAUAAAAAUGAUACGGUGAACGAGCAUAUCGAAUCAUUCUAUCAGGAUGAGGAUACAAAUCAACUGUCGUUUGCCAAACACGUGGAUCUAAAUGAUGCGAUUUCAGUUGAGUGUGCCGAAAUUUUAACAAAUAUGAUUGAAUCAAUCGCAAUUGCAGUCAACGACAUGAAUUUCAUCAAACAAGAUCCAGACAUCGAUUAUAUCGGCAAAGUUAUAUCAGUCAGUACAUUGAAAGAGUCUGCCAAAGCCGCUAGCAAAGCUGAAAAAGACAAACUAAAUGCCAAAACUGAAAAAACAUCGAAAAAUAAAUUGAUAAAGGAAUUGAAACGAUUGAAUGUGACCGUUAUUGAUACGGCCGACGAAAUGGCAAAGAGCAAGAAGGCUGACGAAAUUUGCCAGAAGCCAUUCUGUAAAUUUGGAUGCAUAUGUGCUAGUAUUGAUACUGCGAAAUACAUUCAAACCCAUUGUCAACGGCCCGAAUGCAUGUUCGAAUGUUUUUGUGUUAAUACGCCAUUCAAGCAAGGAAAUCCGUUUUACUUGAACAAUAGUCUAGAUUUACUGCAAGCCCGGGCCAAUGCUUGUUUGGCUAAAGAGGAGAAAGAAUUCAAGUCGACGAUUAUUGUGUCAGAGAAUGAUAUGUUCGUGCUGCCAAAUUCUUCGACCGCCACCAAACGCAGUUCAAAAAAACCGAAACGAUUCACAAAUGAUGAAACAUAUCUGGAAGAUACUGAAACGGAGAUGAUUUUCAAAUCGAAGCGAAGACGACCCGCAGAAAAGGCCGUGGAAAUCCGUUCGACAGCAGAUCGUCAACGACACAUUUUGUUGAAAUCACUUCAGCACGUACGAGUCGAAGUUAAACCACUGCCCGAGCUUGAGGUUCAGCCAUUUUGUUUGGUUCAUUGUCUGUACAAAUGCCAUUGCAAAGGCAGAGCACAAAGAGGCCGUGUGUUCAAUUUUGCAAACAAAAAGAAUGACAUAGUUGGACCUGGCGGAUGGGAUGUUGUCUCGCCGCGAAAGAGACAGUACACAUUCGAACGUGAUAAUAAUUCUAUCUCCGAUGAACCAUUAGAAAAGAAUCGUAAAACGGUUAUCAUUCCAGAAAUGGAAGAUCUAAGUGAAUAUAGCCAAUCAUCAGCCCGAACGAACCAAUUCAAUUGGAAGAAGCGACCGCGCAGAACUGCACAAGAGUUGAAAAUGUUACGCAACGAAUGCAUGUUUGCAGAAGAUCAAAAAAUUGAUUUACUGAACGAACGCAUAAUGAUGUGCCGGAAGUAUAAUCAAGCUCAAAAUAUGCUUACGAAAUCAAUGGAAAACGGUAGAUUAGUAUCACAGGCCAAAUCGAAUGCACUUACCAAUGGACACAUUACAACGCUAGGUAAACCAUCGACUGAAUCUCUUCAACGACUCAACCAUUUCAUCACCGACACAAUGCACCGAUUAACUGCACUACAGCAACGAGGACGACUGUCAUUGAAUCCUACACCGAAUAAAUUGUCAAUUGUUUCGUGGGAUCGAAUGCUGCAGGCAUUCAAAUCACAUGAAGUCUUUAUUUGGGAUGUUAAACUUAAAAAUGAUAUUCGACUGUUGGUACUCACAACCACACACCAGAAACCAAAAAGCGAUAAUUUCAUCUGCACCACCAAUAUCAACUAUGCCGAAGAUGUCAAUGCUUUACCAUUGAUCGCCAAAUUACUGCGAAAUGAGUAUCAAACGGAUAAAACUAAGUAUUUAGGAACGCUUCUGUUGCGCGUUACGAAUUUUUGGCGAAUUUGUGGCGUACUUCACAGUGAUCUAAAAUAUAUGGACGAUGAGCUCCGUGUGAAACCAACGCCUGAUCAAAAUCCACUGCUUGGCCGGAAAAUAAAUGCACUCUACCAGCUACUGACAACUCGUGAAAUCCCAAAAACUCGACCAGCUCUGGGAAAUGCAGAACCGAACGCUAGUCCUGAGGCAAAUGGUGGAACACUUAGUGCGUCAAUACCUUCAAUUGAGUGCGAUUCACCCCCAAAUGCACCGAACAUCACACCACAAAACAAUAAGAACGAUGAUGAUGAAGUGUACGGAACACCGCAGAAAGAUAAAAAACAAACAAAAUCAUAUUUCGAAAAUGCUUCCAUGAAGCUAUCGUUGCCCAUACCAGUCGACUCAUCGCAGCGAUUGCUCAUGAUUACUCUUGGUGAUAAUUUUACGCAUGUUUGGUUCCCAACAUGGCACAAGUUCUUGAGCGCAAAACGGAUCCAAAACAGUAUUCAUCUCUCGAAGAAAUUGGAAAAAGCCAUCGAAAUGUCACAAAAAGACAAUCAUCCAAAAGUAUUUGUAUCGAAUUCUCAUGAUAACCACAUUUUUAUCGGACCAUAUGGAAAAACAGAUCGACAGAAUCUAGCGUUGUUCGUGAAACACGAGAAUCAUAUGUGGCUGUCGGAAUUGUAUUAUAAACAAGUGGGCAAACAGUUUUCGAGAAAAACGAAAGCCUCAUGGAUCUAUCCAUCGUCCUCGCACAAUGGCGAUUCCACGCAAUCGAGACAAACAGCAGCCGAUUCAAGCCAACUGAAAAUCAAUCAAGUGUUUUCCAAACACGAUCUACCAUCUGAUCUUAUUAUUUCGAAACCAAAUUCAAAUGAUGGUGAAGGCGCAUCGACCAGCGCUGAUCCACCAGUUCGUAGUGGUUUUUUCACAGUAGCUGCAAUGACCAAUGGAUCGAAGACAGGUGCACCAAAAGAGGGUGUUUCCAAAUCAAAAGAGUCAUCGCCGGUUUUGAUGUCGUCGAAAGUGUUCAUUCCAACAAAAGUCGUUGAAUUGCCUUCAAAUCACUUGGCCAAGCUACAAGUGAUACCAAACUCAAAUCAAAACUCAGAUCCAUUACCAUUGAAAAUAUCGUCGGUUGCAUCGGGCGAAGAAGUGACACUUAUGACCAAUGGGUUUGAUGAUGAUGAUGAUGAUGAUGGCGAUAAUGACGAAGUUGACGACGACAUCGAUCAAGAUGAAAUAAAUACUCAACCACAGAUUAGUGAAGUUAAAUCACUGGCAACUGGUCAAGAUGCUGUGCCAAAAGCAGGGGGCAACCCCUCCGAAAUCGAUCAAAUGGGCACAAGAGAUUUAACGGGUACAAUACUGAUUGAAACAAAAACCGAAUCCAUUGAUAUCAGUGACGAUGAACAACAAAUUAAUAUGCCUGAUGGUAUGGAGCCGCACAUAAAUUCGAUUGCCAAAGAGCCGUUAGUUAUAGGAUCAGAUUCUCGCCUCAAAGGAUACAUGUAUUGUUCAACGAAUAUGCAAUUGGGUAAGGUGAGCAUUGAAUGGAUGGCGCCCGGUCGUAUCAAGCUGCAGUUAGCCGAAUCGAUAGAUGUCGACUGCGAUGAAAGUGAACCUUUUCAGAAGAAUUUGGCCAGCGUUUCAUCGUAUAUGAACACAUAUGUUCGAGAACGUUUUUAUGGUGUUUAUCCGGCCCACUUGCGACUGGAAUGGAUCUUCAUUAAAACCGAUGGUGUUGAAACAUGCGGCACCAGCCUAUGCGAUUUCAACAAUGUUGAACCAUUUUCGGUUGUGUUCAAAGAUAAAGUCGUGCAAAUCAGUUCCGAUUAUCAAAAUGAUCCGAUGAUGCCAGUAAAGGACAUAUACGUAUUAGAUAUAUACCAAUUAGCUAGUCAAUUAUUCCCAGAAGACGCUGUCAAAACGAUGAAAAUUUCGGAAAUCCUUAAAGAGAGUCGAAAAAUCGAUGCCGAACUAAACGAUCAGCAAAUCAAAUUGAAAAAACACUUGGCCCACUAUAAAAAAAUGGUGGAACGUUAUUCGAACAUUUUUUCAAAACAGUUCGAAAAUCAAAAUGGCACAGUUCAAGAUACAAGUAGUUAGGUACUUAGCAACCAUUUUCAACUCGGUGAAAAUGAAGUGAAUAAGGUAUAAAGUUUUUACCAAUGACACAGUUAUGUCGUUAUGAGUGGAAGAUUUGUUUCGAAAUAAUCUCAAAAUUGUAUAUUUUGUCAUGUCAUGAGUUAAUUUUCAUUCUGUUUGAUAUGUCAAUACUGACAAAAA